AUGGCGGCUGCAGAAGUUUGCAACGAAACAGCUUCAUCCCUGUCCACAACACUGCCAUCACCCCAUCAAAUCCCACCAGCUCCAGCAAGAUCGAACCAGACAAGCCAGACGCCUUUAACCCCACCCCAACUCGAAGCCCGAACCAUACUCACACAUCUCCUAACGCGGCUCUCCCAGCCAAAAGAUGACGAUACCGCCACGAACCCACGUUACGACGAGUACUCCGCAUGGAUCAAUCAGCAUAGCAUCCCCACCCUGACCACCUCUCUCUACUCCAUGGUUCGGCCCCAACUCUGGACUUUGCUUUCCUCCUCCUCCUCCUCCUCCUCCUCCUCCUCCCAUCGGCUAUCUCUCGAUGCCCUGAAACAUGUUGGCGGCGACUUGCGGCUUGAGACUCGAGGUGCCAUUUACUUCAACGGCAUCCUUGGCGUUGACAAGCGUCUGCGCAUGUACGUGGGACAGAGUGGCAAUCUGAGGCAGAGAGUGGCUCAGCAUUUGAAUUUUAGAUAUCGUAGGGAUCAUCCCAGCUUGCAUUACUAUGCGCUUGAGUGGAGUGCGUAUAAUGUAUUUGGGGUGUGUGCUGUUCUUCCUCCUUCUUCUUUUUCAUCUUCUUCGUCUUUGGUGGCGGGCAUGGAGAGGUCCGAUUUGGUGAUGAAUGUGCUGGAGAUGUGGAUGUGUCUUGUUUUUAGGUCGUUGCCCUCUGAUACACUGGAGGAAUGGCUGCCAGAUGACGAGCUCGUUGAUAAAGGGAGAAAGAUGGCAAAGGAGGGGGUGGUUGGGGGCUUGAACGUUGCUACUCCGCUUGAUCAGGGUGUUGAAGUCAAGGAUAUGCCGUUUGUGGAUCUGAGCGGAGAAGUGGAUCCUGUUAUACGGGAUUAUCUCAGGGAAGUGAAGAGGAGGGAGGGCGACGUGCAACAAGUAGAAAAUGUGACGAUCAAAGAUGUGACGACGGAGGUGGACGAAGAAGAGAGGGCGCUGAGGAAGAAGAUGUAUGCGGAGAAGGCUAGGAGGUACAGUAAGAGGAGAGAAACUGAUAUUGUUAUUCCGCAGUGGGUGUUCCUUGGUGCUGUGGCAGUGGGUGUUGGAGUUUUAUUGUUCAGGAGUAGUGGAGGGCCGGGGAGUAGCGCGCGGUGGAGGUAG